AUAUCUCUGGUAAUAAAGAAUCCACGGUGUCUCCGCCAGCUUCGGUCCCUGGCUCCGCCACAUCCUUAUCCGCCCCAGGUGCAGCUAAACCAAAUGCUGCAAAUUUAAUGAGCAAGGCACUGGCAGGAUUUAGCACUGUACCUAAAAAACCUGCGACUGUUAACCAAACCUCCGCCCAACCCUUCACCACAACCUCCGCCGCACCCUCCACCACACCCUCCGCCCAACCCUCCGCCCAACCAUCUCCUGCUGAAGACGUGAAACUGAAUCAUGUUCGAACUGUAGCUGGUUGUUCAUCUAUUAGGAAUAUGGCACAGAACUCAGAUCCAGCGGCAACAGCUCGGAAGAGUGAGAUUGUAAGGUUAACAGAACAGAUCCUAGAUGCUAUAAAUGCAGGAGACUUUGAUACUUACACAAAGCUGUGUGAUCCAAACCUUACAGCAUUUGAACCUGAAUCCAUCGGAAACCUAGUCGAGGGGUUGGACUUCCAUAGGUUCUAUUUUGAUCAUUAUUCCGUGUUGAAGCAAUCCAAAGAAUCCAAUGUAACUAUUUUAAAUCCAAAUGUUCAUAUCCUGGGAUCAGAUGCAGCUAGUAUUGCAUAUAUCAGAAUUACACAAACUAUCGACAAACAAGGCAACGCUCAUAGUCAACAGUCUGAGGAAACAAGGAUAUGGCAGAGAAGAGAAGGAAGAUGGGUUAAUAUUCACUUCCAUAGGAGUACACAUACAAACAACAAUCCUUAUGCCAUCAAACCAUGCUAGUUACUUUGUGAGCUACUUGAACAGGAACUACUCGUCUUCUUCUUUAUCCAUCCUCACUACCCUAAACCCUCCAGUAGUUGGGAGCUCAUCCAGAUCUAUACAAUAAUACAGUUCUCUGCCUCUGGAGUACUAGUUAUCAGGAGUACAUAUUGUACCCUAAAAUGCAGUUAUCUUGAUUAAGUGUUGUACUCUGGAGUACAUCUACUUUUCUUGAGUAUGGAUUGUUCUUAAGAGAUUGUGCACUCCAAAUCAAGUAUUGUACUCUGGAGCAUGUAUCUACUGCGAACUCUUACAGUACAUCUAGUUCGCUAGAUAAUGUAUUGUACUCCGGAGACGGUAUUGUGCUGUAGAGUAAAUCCAGUUCUCUGAUGUGCAUCCUGUUAUCUGGAGCACAUAAUGUUCUCAGGAGUACAUUUUGUAUUUAACACAGAACACUCCUGAGUACUUGAAGAUGACUGGAGUACAGUUAGUGAAUACACCUCUCUGUGAAACUAUAUUCCAUUUACUGUUCAAGUUUGUUGUAAUUCUAAUAUUUUAUAUUUGUUUCUUAUAUUUUCAUGCGGACAGUGUAACCCCCCCUCCCCCAGGUAACUGACCUGAAUGUUUGCCAUGAGGUGAACUAAAAUGUUUCUCUCACAAAGCUUUGCAUCUCUUUUUACAGCUGGAGGUUGGGACCCAAGUUGACCUACUAGGCGACCCAGGCCAAGACCAUUUCAACUAGUUGGCUGAUUUUUGUCUUUUUUGACCUUUUACAGGCAUUUAAAGUAUAUCCCCCUGGUCCAGCCAGGCCUGGUCGUUUUCUGGGAUUUAAAACUUAUUGUUGACGCAGUGUAGCCUGUAGGUGUUAUUCAGACUUAAUAUUUAACAUUUGUAUCAAUUAAUUAGAGUGAUACUCGAGAGCAGAACAGCAUGGGCACAAGGUUAGCCUUUAUGCCGGACAGUUGCAAAUUCUUAACCUUUAUGUAAAGAUGCGAACCCAUAUUUAUGAAAGCACUAAUGCUUUAAAUACAUUUUGGCUAACUUGAUGUAAAUGCAGUGGCCUGCUGGACAUGUGUUUAUGUAUCUGGACUAACCUCGUUGCUUACCUGGUCACGUGAUGGGACGUAUGUGUGUCCCAAAACUUUAUUUUCAAAAAUGUUUCCUCUACUGUUUCGCUUUGAUGCUCCAAUUCUGGAUUUUAUUAACUCUGCAUUCAUCCCCUUAAUUGAUAAACUUGCUAAGUCACUCAAUUCAUUAUUUGUUCAAAUUUUAUUAAAAUUAAUGUCUAAUCCUUUCAUCUUUCAUCUUUUAGUUAACCCAACUGACAUCAGUCGUUAAAAAAAUCUUAUUUUAUCAAUUUCCACUCAUAAUCUUAUGCCUGAUCUUUAUUUUUUAAAAUCUACGAAAUGUCUAGAUUCCCUAUUUGUAAAAUCCACUGUUAAAAAGUUGUUCUUGCUUAUACUGGCAUGAAAGCCUUGAAAUAUUAGGCUUUUCCCAUGCUUUUUGUUUAACACGCUACACGCUCCAAUAUUGUGAAUUUUCGUCCACUUAGCUCUUUUUAGCAGAUGUAAAUCAAAAACGAAAAUUUUCUUGUCUUGGAAAACAUGGCGUAUUGUUGUUUUUAUUGUAUUCGUUGCAACUUUUCGUGAUACAGAUAAUUCAGCAUGUACUUUUUUAAGAGGCCGUCAUGACUUUAACUUUUCUUGGUUUCCCUAAAUUUUCCGAAUCCGUUAUACACCGGAAACCCCCCAAACCAAACAAAACCAAAUCAAACCGCGGGUCAACUGAUUUUUCUGCUUCGUCAUGAUUCUCUAUUUUAUCAGCUGAUAUUUCCUAAGUGUACUGUGUACUGUGUACCACUUCCUAGUCCAGCACCAAACCCAAUAUAUUUGCACUUUUUUUCCUGAACAAACAAACCACCCUAUAUUUAAUUUUAGGGAAAUAUUUACAAGCGCCCUCGUGUUUUAUCUAAGAAUAUGUGAAAAAAGUUACAACACUCAAAACUCCCUACCCCCAUUAUACAUGAUAUAUAACUUCCUUGGUUCAUAUCUCCAUAAAAUGUAUCAAGUCUUAAUUCUAUCCAAGAAUGGUUUUAAGAUUUAUAUGUUUGCAUCAUUAGAUUUUAGAUAAUUAUUUAAUGAGAUGAUAUCAAAAGGCCGAUUUUAAAUGGUUUAACCACCAACUAAUUAACGACUUCUGCACAUCACAAAUUUUUAAGUUUAAAAAAUAUCUCGGUCUGACUGUAGUGUAUAGAUGAAAACAGAUCAAAGUUCUUAAAUCAGGAUAACUAAACAUUAUCUAAUAAUUUAAUUAAUCUAAUCUAAGAUCAAUGGAUUUGUGAAUUGGAAAUGUUUAAAAGCUCGCUUUAGAUGUUUAAACUGUUAUUUCCUGUGAUAUUCUAGUCCCUUCACAAUCUUCACUUCUUAACCCUUUUAUCCCUAAUAUAAUAACAGCAGGGAUUUAUCUAUUUUAAAUAAUUUACUAACAAUACAUGGUCCGGUGCACUUUAGCACCUUUGGGAUUGGAACCAUUGGAACGAUGAAAAGAUGGAACUAUUGGAACUUUAGGAGGGGUGGAACUAUUGGAACUAUAGAUAAAAUGGAACCAUUGAUACUGUAGGUAGAUAGGAACCGAUGGAACCGUAAAAACCAAUUACCAAUUGUAUUUACUAUGAUCAACCGAGCCAUCGAAAUCAUUGUAACCAAAGAAAACAUUAAAUGCAUAAUGAAACCAUGAUAACCUUUGGAAUCAUCUAAACCUUUGAAAUCUGUAGAACCAAUACAACCAUUAAACCCCUGUUAAUCUGAGAACCAAGGUCUACAGAACCAUAGGAACCUGUCUAUUUAUUCAAGCAGCCCUCAUUUUGAAAAAAAUGCCCUAACAGUAACUUGUUUGCUCCUAAUAAGCCCAAGAAUGCAGUGACCAGUAAACAAAUUUACUCAUUGUAUACAAAUGAUAAACAUAAAUCCCUUAAAUCCCUUGACCCCUUGGCAAGGUUGGAAUGAGUAGACUGGAUUUUUAAGGCCUGAAAUUUAACCCCCUCUGUUUAGUGUUAUUUGAUAUUGGAUAUGUUCUAUAUAAAUAAAUAUUUAACAAUUUCAAUCAA